AUAUCCGUCAACUACUUAACUUACUACGACGACCACUUUCGCUGUCAUUUUCUCAAUAUCUCCUCUAAGGUCUUCGGCUGUGAUUUGGUCACUUUGUGUUAAGCAUCGAGCUGUGCUGAUGCUCUGAAACUUUCUUCUGGACGUCAAGAAGACACUCAGAUCGACAUCCUCACUAGUGUCUUGGUCUCUUCCUAUAAGUUCUGUAACUCGCAUCUAAUAUGCAAUCCCUUCGUACCCGAAAACCAUCUGAAUCCCGGCCUAAGGGCCAGGGAAGAAAGCUAGCCAAGCAGGACCCUAAUCUCAAUCUCAACAGGAAAAAUACGCGAGUCGAUGACAAGAUCAAGAAGCGCAUGUCUAUGCGUUAUGCCGACAUAUCCUCUCCUACUGAUGCAUCUGUACCUGCUGUCCCAUCCUUACCCAUUGGUGUGCGUCCAGGUGCUUACAGGGGACAAGAUGAUCCUGUCAAGGAGAGAGAACAGCCGAAGGAGGACCCUAAGGAGACCGACUUGAGGAUGCUGGACAAGGAUGACUUUGACCCAGAUGCUUUCCUGAAGGCCAAACUUGCGAACUCGACUGAAGUAGAACUCAAAUCGCUACAGUCAUCUCUACAAAACCUCAAGGACGGUGUCGCUCUCGACCUGCAGCGGAAUGUCUUCAAAAACUAUGCUGAAUUUGUCCUGGUAUCGAAGGAAGUGAGUAACCUUGAGAACGAGAUGCUCGAAUUCAAAGAUUCCCUUGCCGAAUGGAAAGGCAUGCCUUCUCUCCUGCAUAUCGACGACUCUGCAUCGGUUGCAGAACGGCGCAGGAACGUAAGAUCAUCCAUCGCCGAUCUUCGCGUUCUUUAUGCCGGCCAGAUGCAAACGCUGCAUAGUCAAAUCGAAGGUUCCAACAAGUUCGUACCAACGACACCAGGGCGACAUGUUAUUACCGAAAUGGAUGGAAUCUACGCGUUGAACUCAGCUACAUAUAAAGUCGAUCAUUCUGUCCGGUUUGUCCUGUUGGACGACGCAGCCCUGGUUGCGAAAAAACGGAGGAGACGGAAUAAUGCUGAGAGUGAGAAAUUGAUAGCUGAACGCUGCUGGCCAUUAAGUGAGAUGCUAGUGUUGGAUACAAAGGACACUGCAUCUAUGAUAAAUGUGUUCAAGAUUCGACAUAACAAGGAGACGCAUGUUUAUCGCACAGAGACUGCCGCCGAUAAGAAAAGUCUCCUUUCUCAAUUCCGACAGAUCGCGGAAGAGCUUUCUACUAAGCGACAGAAAGAGCGAGAAGGCGAGCACCAACGAAGGAAGAGUUUAUGGGUGGGCGACCGACACUCACUGGUGUUAGGCAAUGACGUGCCGCCUAUGCCGGACUUCCUAGCUCAUUUGGCCGAUAAAGCUGAUAUGGGUUCAAGUGCGAAGGAGAAGGCUGAACGUGAUGCACGAUGGGUUGGUGACUUUACAGACGAACUUACAGUUGCUAUUGCAUUGCGUCAGUGGGAUCAAGCAGUAAAGCUUGUCGAAGAAGGCGAAGGGAAACUGUCCAUCAUACCUUCCCUUUCAGUCAAGCUCACACCACUCAAGUCCACUCUCACCGCUGCUCUCCUGCAAUCCCUUUCAUCUGCAGCCAACCGCAAAUCGAUUGUCGUCCACCUUAUCACUCUCCUUCUUCGCCUGAACGCUGGAGCAGCAGCAAGAAGUACCUUCCUCUCAGCGCGAACAGAAGUCAUGCGCAAAUGUAUCCGGAUGAUCACCUUCGAAGGAUCUAUUGGAACGUACAUUGCUGAUUUGGCUAUUGUGGUGUUCACCGGAAUCAAGCAUACAGCGGACUGGUUCCUUGCCAGUUUCAAGGAGAACGAAGUCGCUAGCUCAUUCAUUGAAUGGGCGAAGCAACAGAUCGAAAUCUUCGCUGAGAUGUUUCGGAAGCAAGUCUUUGGUCCCGACGUUGAUGCUCGUACAGUAGACGAAGCCAUCAAGGUCACCCACGCACAGAGCAAGAAGCUGUUGGAAGAGUUUGGUCUCGACUUCCGAUUCUUACUCGAAGACCUACUGGUUGAGAAACCGUCUGAGGCCUCUCGACCACCAGCAUUCCGCCUUCGCUCCCAAGUUCAACCAUCUCCUAUCCGUACUCCAGCGUCUACACCCAUUCGUUCCCGUUCGCCCGCACCUAACAUUGCUGUACCGAUUCCAACACGAGCUCGCUCUCCGCCACCAUCUGUACCACCACUUCCUACUUCCUUGAUGUCACCCACGAGUACAACUGGAGGACAACUCUCACCUGCCUCGACUUCUCCUGCACCGAGUUCACCACGAGUCCGGUCUCCCAUACCUCGUGUACCUUCCGCUACUUCGACCCGACCCGGCACACCGUCUUCUGAGAGUAUCAAAGGGUCGUCGAGAACGAUCAGAGGAAGUCCUGCACCGCCGCCCCCUCGGUCAAGAGACAGACCUGGGAGCGCUGCAGGGAAUCGACCCCCUCCUGUUGCUAUACCCCGAAGAGAUGGGAUGUUUUGAUCUGAUCAUUUUGUGUAGACCGCUAUCGUUAUAAGUAUCCAUUGUUAUCGCAUUGCUGUUCUCUUGACUAAGAAGCGGAGUCGGCUACUAGAAUCAAUUAGGUGAAGGUCUGUCUCUCCAUUUGACUCAUGUUUAUUCGUUGCAGUGCAACUUUCACAAUGUGCGUUAUGAACACAUGUUCCUGCACCGCUAUCUUGCUUAGUUGCUAUCUAAUUCGAUCCCUUCAGCUCAGUCUGAAGACAAAUACGGUCGCUUCAUGCCUUUAAGGUUCGAAUCCU